GCAUGGCUGCAUGGGGCCCGGCGUCCACUGUGCCUCUGCUCCUUGGGAGCCACGGGCUUCCUCUGCUGCAAUGUGUACAUCGGAUGUUUGCCUCCCAGACUGAGGGGGAGCUCAGAGUGACGCAGGUUCUCAAAGAGAAGUUUCCGAGAGCCACAGCUAUCAAAGUCACCGACAUCUCAGGCACUGAAAGAGGAGAUCAAGGGUAUGCACGGCCUUCGGAUAUUUACCUCUGUCCCCAAGUCCUGACGGCAUCCCGGCUAUGUGACUGCUGAUGCUCGAAACCUUGAGUGUACUUCACCACAGCAAUCUUCAGAAAAAUCCCUGCCAAAAAAUAUAUCUAUUUUGUUCAUAGACAUUUAUGUAUUAUAAUAUAGGAGCUAUGUUAUCUACUUAGAGUUAAUUAAAUACCACAGAUAUCCACC